AGAAAAAAUGCCAAUAGCGAGCCAAACACUUGAGCACAACAGCUACCAACUGCUGGACGAAAUCGGCCAUGGCCGUUUUGGCACCAUAUUCCGCUGCUUCUCCCCUGCUGACAACUCUUUCGCUGCCUGCAAGGUGAUCGACAAGCGCCGCCUCUCUGAUGCCACCGACCGCCAGUGCCUCGUCAAUGAACCCAAGCUCAUGACCCUCCUCUCCCCUCACCCUCACAUCCUUCGAAUCCUCGACGCCCAUGAGACCGACGACCGCCUCUCCCUCGUCCUGGAGCUCUGCGAGCCUGACACUCUCUAUGAUCGCAUAUUGUCCCGUAAGGCCCUCCCCGAGCCUGAGGCCGCCGCGUGCAUGGCGCAACUCCUCAGUGCCCUUGCUCACUGCCACCGCCUGAGCGUUGUGCACCGGGACGUGAAGCCUGAUAACAUACUGUUUGAUUCGAGGGAUGUCCUGAAGCUCGCGGACUUUGGAUCUGGGGCCUGGUUGCGUGAGGGCAGGCCUGUGGAGGGCAUCAUGGGGACGCCGUACUACGUCUCACCGGAGGUGCUGAUGGGGAGGGAGUACGGGGAGGAGGUGGACGUGUGGAGUGCCGGGGUGGUAAUGUACGUGAUGAUCGUGGGGUCCCCGCCGUUCUGGGGCGAGUCAGCCUCGGAGGUCUUCGAGGCGGUGCUGAGGGGGAACCUGAGGUUCCCAGCGAGAGCCUUUAGGAUGGUGUCAGCAGCGGCGAAAGACUUGUUGAGGAAGAUGAUUUGCAGGGAUGUUUCCAGGAGGAUUUCUGCAGAGCAGGCCUUGAGACAUCCUUGGAUCCUGAGUGGAGGGGAGACUGGACUUGCCUGA